AUGUUGGACAAAUUGCGCAAUGCGCCUCAGGAGCGUCGCGUUGAGGAGCAUGCCUCAGAAACAAUCGUACAGGAUGGAGCGGAUCAAGAUUCAUACUGUCACGAUGAUCCACAAUGCCCCUGCUACGUAUGCAAUAACGGGGUUAUGGAACAAAAGUCGAGCUUGUCCAGUGAUGAAACAGCAACAGGAAUUGAAUUUGCAGUACGAUCAUUCUGGCGACUGGCAAAAACACAAAAUGAUGUAGAGUCUCCUAUGGAGGGACACUGUCGAGGCUUCUACUAUAAAUUAUUACUUCACCCAAGAGGCACUGCAGGAACAGAUAGCGAAGCAAGCCAUCUUUCAGUAUUCGUAGAAGCAUCAGUACAAGACUGGUACCCACCAUAUUGGGUCUUCCCAAACGUAAGGUUUGAACUCACAGUUGUCAAUUUUAAGGACCCAAAACAGUCCGUAACCUCGUGGGCACAUUGGAGUUUCUCAAGCGACGCCACCAGUAGAGGGUGGCAAAAAAUGAUAUCACAUAGCAGACUAACGAAGGCUAGUGGUUUUAUGGACGAAGACGGAACUGUACUUGUUAGAGGAAAAGCAGAACCGCCGUAUCCAAUGUUGUGGUCUAAUUCACCAUUCUACCACCCACAAAUGAUGUGGGAGUGCAUACCGAACAGGGCACAAAGGGUCCUGUCGGCACAAGCACAGGCUAUAAGUCACCCUUCAAAGUCCAAACGCAUACAAUCAAUACAGGAUGUCGUACCAUGUCUGCCUACCUGCAACUACGAUGGGCAUGCAGAAGGAUGCAAAAAUGCGGGCCAAGAAUUAUUGGACGCAAAUACAACAUGCGCUAUUGAGGAUAAGGACCGCGAUAAGGGGUUCUCGUGUUAUGUAGAACCUUACAAUGCCUAUCCAGAGUCCAAAUAUUCACAACCAACUGGAGAAACACCGGAGUUGCCGAACUAUCCGGAAGGGUUGGAACCGCCGUCACCGCCAGCUCAACAGGAAUCUGGAGCAGGACUCGUGUCGAACCAAUCAAUAGAUGAGUCGGACUACAUUGAUCUCAAUGCAGAAGAAACCCUUAUGCGCUUACAAGCGGAUGAUCACCCAGGGCUAUCAAAUGCCAUACUCAAGCUUCUGGAUGCGGUGAUACCGGCGAUACAACCAACGUUAGAUGCGGAUCUAUUAGCGCUUAUGACUCAUGUCCUCUACCACUUGAGGGAAUUUAGGAAACGAAUUUUAAUGUGGAAUCCACCGGAUAGUACUGAGGAAGGUGGCAAAUCAGGAACUGGGAUAGUGGUAGCAUUGCAAAAGAUAUUUGCAUAUAUGCAAUUAUAUCCCCUGGCUGCCGCUUGCAAGACAUACCGGUUAGCUGGAAUUGAUGCACAGCACCUCACCAAGUAUUACCUUUGUGAACUCAUGCCUAGAAACCCGAACCUGAAAAGGAACUACUUUCUUUCGGAGUGUACUGACGCUGCGGCAACUUCCAGUGCAGUCCAGAAUCUACCAGACCGGUUGCAAAACGUUAGAUAUGAAAUUAAAACCACCACUAAAAAAGGUACACGUAACUCUACUCAAAAAAAGGGUCCGUGGGUUAGGUUAAAUGUACCACCGCCCUUUCCAAGACCACUUGAUCCUGAUGGUUAUGAUGCAGACGAUGAAUUCAAACAUCCAGGCUGUUGCUAUUUCGAUGGUGGUAGAUAUGAGUGGGAGGUUAAGAGAAAACGAGCGUCUGAUGAUGAGAAGGUUGCUGAUAACGCAAACUCAAACACGUCAGAUGUCAACAAGGAUACAACGGGCAGUCCCAUUAAUGAGGGUCAGAAUCAGAAUUACAGGCUCUUACCUGGAACUCUGAGCUUCAGUAUUGGUAACCGUGGAGAUUUUUUUGAUAAAAUUUUACCUCCACCACCCAAUAUCAAGCUAUUGCUAAAAGCUAUGCACAUGAGUGAUCUACAGGUCUUAGAAACACAGGACCAGCUCAUCAAUAUACACACAGAGCUUUUUAGCAUGCUACUGAUGGAUCUAGCUGCAGCGAAACGAAAUAUCAAGCAAAAGAGAUUAAUGGAACAGAAGGAACCAGGAGAGGUUAAUCUGGAAGAUACAUUACCUUGGUAUCUCAGGGACCAAACCGAUCUUGAGAUGACGUGCAAGGCCUUGUUUUCAGGUGCUGGUGAUAAUGAGGGGCUUUUCCACAACGGGGAAGUUAACGAUAUCUCAAGCAUAUAUAUACGAUGCAAACAUUCACAUUCACUACAAAAGGCGCUAGAAAAUACCACCAAGACAAUGGCAAAGUAUCCAGAAGUAUUAUUUUUCUACCUGUAUCCAGCUAAAAACGCAAAAAAGGGAGAGCUAUUCGAUAUACCGUUGAGGUUAGAUUGCACAAACUUAUGCGAAGGAGCUGUUACACCUGAGGAACAAUACGAUGUUGCGCCAGCUUGUAACAUGCAAAAAAUGGCUACAGCUGGUCAUAAUGCGUGCGAUGCCAGGUCAAGCGCAGGACCGAUGGAUUAUUGUGACUAUUCGGAUGACGAAGACGAUGAUGACGAAGAGCCUGAAGAUGGAUUAAGUGACGGAUUCGGUAACUUUGACAAUGAGGAAGAAAAGGGUAAGCACUCGGCUCACGUCAAGUGGUAUUCCUUAUAUGCUUUGAUUCUGAGGGAGGGGGACAUUAGGUCAGAUGGCACUGGGGGCAACUUCCAUUCGCUCCUUCUCAGGCCCGAAGAAGACGGACCGUGGUACCGUAUUGGUGAAGGCAGGGUUGAAAAACUGCUUACCAAGAUGGACUUCACGGAAUGGAAAUGUCACCGAGAUUUCUUUUGUGCUGCCGCCAUAUACGUAGCUGAAGAUUACAUCGACAUGCUACAAGUUGGUGAAGUUGACCUUAGUGGAAACCUAAAGACUUGGAAUCGUAAGUUGUUCUAUGAGACCUUGGACGAGUUGGGGGUGUCUGAGCAAGAUAUUAUAAACUUGGCAAUUUCUGCAUAUUCACAGAAGCCAACUGAUUCCAUAGUUUCACAGUCACAAUUCUCUGGUGACGAGAUGCUUACUCCAAAUGGUUCUAUAACACCAACGUUCACGUACUGUCGGCCAGAACCGCUAUCUGUUACUUCGAGGCUCAGUGAAGUUGAGUCUUCUGUAACAAAAUACACACCAGUCGUUCCUAUACCGAAACACGCACUUGCGGAUCGUAUACAUGACGAUGAGUUUGUGCGUCAAAUUGCAGAAGCCUCGGAAUAUGAACCUGGUAUUGACGUAUCUGACAUGUCACUUAUAUACAACCGAAAAAUUGGACAGCGACAUCCUAGGUUGGGCAACUGCUGUGAAAUGCACGGAUACUCUAUAGAUAACCUGGAAACUAUUAACGACAUCGAUGUUAGUACCAAGAGAAUGGAACCUGUUACAGAUAAGGAGAUAUGUAGACGUCUUAACAGAGUGCAAACUAUAAAACCUUUCAUGAGGUGGUUGUUCUUUGCAUCCAAGGAGAACACUUUUUUGCUGAAUUCGGUCAAGGAUAGAGAUAAAGGCAAGCUGUUAGUCAGAUUCCUCCAGAAGCGAGAACGCUUCUUCGAGGAAGAGUUCUGCCAUCUUAUAUCGGAGAUGUUGCUGAAGGAAAUUGGAGAACAUAUGGCUUUGCAUAAUAUCUACCGAUGGGAGAGCGACAAGUCAUGGUGUGGAUGCUCAUGUACCAAGUGUGAAAAACACUGUCCUGCUCUACUGUUGACCGAAAACGGACGUUUCCCUGGCGAAGAUCUGAAGUCACUCUUGAAAGAGCCAUCUACCAUCCUCUUUCGUAAUAUCCAGAUACUGAGGUGUCAUCUUGAAUAUUUUUGCAAAGAUUGCCGUAACCUGAGCCUCCAGGAGGGACGCGAAAAUAUGGGACCUGACAUACAUGAAUUCAAGGCUACCUCGGAAAGAUCUGCUUUGUUCCUAAUUGAGUGUAUAUGGGACGCGUGUGUACGUUAUACUCACGAUUGUAGGACGAUUCUCUACCUCAAGGCGAUAUCGGACAACCCGUCCGCUACCAUCACAGAGAUUGGUUUUAGCAAAGUAACCAAUUUGAUGAAACCGAACACCAUUACCACCAAAAAACAGCCUGCAUCCAAGGCUUCAUCAUCAGACCAAGGUAACGAUCUGUUUGUCUUUGACGGUACGCUGUCACAAAAUCCCGACUACCUCGAAGAGACAUUAGUUGAUUGUUACGACACCAAGUUUGACAUUACACUUGCAGAGGAAUUGAGGAUAAUGCGAUACUUUUCCGCCAAAUACCAACUGCCAACCGUGGUCCAGAUGCGCAAGUUUCUAAGGGAGAACCACGUCCUCGUCUACGGUUUUGUGAGACCACACGAACUUGUGAGGGCGUACCUCGAGGUUAAGUGUCCCGGAGAAAACAUCAAGGGUGAAAUCGAGUCUAUGGUGCCAAACAUCGUAUGGAAUGACGAGGUAUUUAACCAGAGAGUCGCCAUAGAGUACCUUAGUGAGGCAACAAGAGAAAUGUAUGAUGUGAAACUCCCAGUGAUCAACACUGAUGAUUUCAUUGGUUAUAACCUUUGUGAUUUGUAUGAAGAGUUGGUUACCAGGAUGCUUUUACAUAUGCAGGAUGCAGAAAGAGGACUAAGUGACCAUGUGUUCGACUAUAUGUACACUUGUGGCGAUGUAGCUAGAGUUAUUGAAGCAAUUGAGCUCGAAUGUGUUAAUACUUUGAUGUGUGAUACAUUUAGCCUUGACGACAAACCCACUGGCGACCAGUGUACCUGCGAUGCAAUCUCAUCGGAGUGCAAGGUCUCACCUGUUUUGUCUAGCAGCUCGUAUUUAUCAGAACUUGGUGUUACCAGGGCACCUUUUGCCCUAGAUUUUGUAGAUAUAGCACCAAGGACGGUGUCCGCUCAAGAGAUGAACAGCGAGUCUGCAUCUUUAAGCGGUGAAUCCAUCGACGCUGCAGCAAAACCCUCCGAAACAAAGAAAAAGCAAAAGGCCAAAGAUCGUAAGGAUAAUGCCGACAGCGUAGCUCGUGUAAUACCCCCUUUUGAUAUAGCAAUACGUGACAUCACCAUCAGUCAAAAGAACGCACAUGCUGCCGACCCUAAGCUCUUUCCCGAUCUCACCGAAGCUUCAAAGUAUCCCAACGCCACAAGCCAUAGGAAUAGCAAUAUGACUUUGUCUGCACUUCGAAGGUUGACUGAAUAUAACUCACUGCUACACGGCCAUACGCUUGGAUAUGAUUUCAACGUUGCUGCGGGCUUCGCCAACAUGCUAAAGCUCGAGAAUUAUGGUAUGAAGGCUACACCGAGCCCACACGUCAGAACUCGGAAAAUCAGUGAUGCCCAGGCUCAGAAGCUGAAACAGGCUUAUGAACUGGGUAUUGUCACCUCUAAUGAUCUUUCAGGUUGUGAAGGAUUUGCUUCCGAAGAGAAAUUCAUACCCACCAAGAGACUGGUUGUUUACCACGAGUGUGUAGAUCCUGCAACGAAUAAAAAGGUCCCGACACGAGUGGAACAUCUGUAUUGGGGACUUCGUCGCCUCAUGUUACAGCAGAUGCCAACUAGUGUUGAUAGCUCUUUUCUUCAAGCAAACAAAAGCAAAAAGGCCAAGGGAGCCACGAAAUGUAUAUGUGGCGAUGGACUGAAGCGCAGAACAAACUCUAAGACACCGGACAUAAUACUGCUGAUAGUGGGCGCGCCGUUGUCACUUUGCGUAGCACCAGCCACACCAUUCCCGCUAAUGGAUGACUCAGAGUACCCUCUUUUGUUGUUCAAAUGGAUGUGCUCAGAGACUGUGGAUCUAAUAUGCUACGGUGCAGUCGUGUGUGACGCGAAGAAGCAGCUACAGCACUAUAUAUUCGAUUGGUUGUUACCCCUGGUACGAGAUUUGGGAGUACUUCCCAAGCUACGUCCUAAUGAAAAGGAAGACAUUGACCGUUAUCAGAUUCUGGAGGAAUGUAGUGUUCGUACGGUGCAGAACGUGCGUCGUUGGAGUUGCGCGAUCAGGAAGAUCAACAAACGCACUGGUGAUAUUAUCAUUGCACAAGUAAAGAGGGUCACUGACUCACCUGCCACACUUAAACUGAGGGAAACAACCGACUUUAUGCAAAUUAUACGAGAGUUAGAAGCAUUAGAGUUCCUCCCUCCAGCGCAAAAAGUGGACAAAAUAGUUGACAACGUCAAGGCUAGUGGAGAAGUAGGGGAAUUGUCUGAUAAGCCCGCUGAAGACGCUCAAAAAUUGGGGAAAAAGAAGAAAAAGAAAAAGGUUACGAGGGCAGCUAUACCCUCUAAUAAAAAGAGUACUUUCUCCAAAUCGAUCAUCCCCGUCGACACCGAAUCGGAGGAUAGUCCGGACCCUGACCAAGAUCUGCUUAAAGAUUCUGUGGAAUCUGAAAAAUCUUCAGAGGUAUCCAAUGUAACUACUAAUGUGGUAUUGAGUGGAACGAGCGCUGAUGAUAGAGAGGACGAGGACGAAGAUGAUUAUGAUGAGGAGGAAGACGAAUCUGAUGACGAAGAUGUGGAAGAAGAGCAAGAGGAUGAAGCCGCGAAUACAAAUUUCAUUACUGCCACGGACGAUGCGCGGGACAGUAAAAUUGUGGCUGAACAAAUUAAUGUUUGUGCAAUUGUCGAUGAGGCACAAGAGGCGGUCGCCUCAUCGAGGACAAUUGUCGACCGUUCCGCGUUGGAAAAGCGUGGCCUUCCAGGCGUUAGGAUGCAGGAAUUCUUGCAGACGUUUGAUUUAUUCGAAUUACUGUCAAACGAGUCGGAUAAGGUAGCUGAAAUGUGUGCUUAUAUACAACGACUAAUGGAGGAGGAGCUAAAGGUGGAUGUAGCAUUAACUGCAGAACCAUCCAAAGAUCUGGUAAUUAUUACUGUUGGACCUAGGACGCGCACAUGUGUCGAUAUUCUUCUUUGCCUAAUCAAGACGAUGCAGAGGACUGGUUGUCUGAUUGCUGGAUUUAGGAACCUAGUAAACGCCAUAUAUGAGCAGGCGCCUUUGGCAGCAGCUAGCAUCGCGUGCUACGCGUUGGCGGCCAUGGGAAACAAUAACAUAACUGAUUAUUUCAAAACGGCAUCAGCCGUGGAGUUUGUUCGAGAUCUCACACAGAAGAUGGCGGAGCAAUGCAUAGCUUACAGCUGGAGUGUAUUCUCCUCUGCUCUAGAACAGUGUGCAGUCUCCUCGAUGCUAAUCUGUCUCUACCUCUACGCUGGUAUUAAUGAUACUAUUGGUAAAGUCUGCGAACAAAAUUCGGACCUCAUGUUUCUGAUGAAUGUAAUAAGGGACCGGCUGAGUAUAGUCGCCGAUGAGGAUGAAGAUGAGCACAUUGCAUCAGUGGGAUUCCGUAUGGACGCUUUCGAGCGAUUCACUGGUUUUGGAAUUCCAGGGACCGGUGGUAUUGCCGAUCAGGUACACAAAUGUACCGCGGUGAUGAACGCUUUCAGAAAUAUGCAAUCUCCGUUUGGUGAUGAUGAGCGUCUUUUCGAAUUUGAAAAUCUUGCGCUACAGGAAUUAAGAAUAUGGUGGUGCCAACGUGAAUUCUAUCAUGACGCCAUCAAGGCAGCACUAGAUGUAGGACCAUUCACGUUUGUACUUACCAAUGGUAAUGCUGAUGAGUUGCGACGCAAUCACAUGGACGAGACACUACCCCUGCCAAUCAGUAUUGCAGAAGCCCGAUGCUUAAGGCAAUGUUGUGACAGGUACCCCGGUGGAUUACACAUGAUCUGCGAUGGUGAUAUGGUCCAUGUAGGCCCUCGCAAUGCCCUGGGUAACGGACAAAUAGGGUCGAAAAUCGAUGCUUCCGCCGUGGUAGACGCCACAAAGGCGCUGUUGCAACUCGUAGAUAGCCGUAACCUCGGCCGUGCUGUCGCAAAUGUUGCUCUGGAUGAAAUGGAUACUCCAAGUGUCUUCGGUGACAUAUCUGACAUGCGUCUCCGCGGCAACCAGACGGCACUAGUCACCAUGUCGAUGCGUCGUUCCGGUACGCUAGACACCAUAGUAACUGCAGAUGUAGACGUCAUCAUGCAGAACUAUCACACGCGUAGUGUGCGUCAUAUAGCACCACCUCCUAAGCUGCCGCCGCAGCGUGUUCAGCUAGUAGGCAACCACAGCUGA